CUCUCGCGGGGGCCCAGACUCUCCGAGGCGGUGCCGCAGGGGACAGAGGGACGGACGGAGUAGAGUGCGCCGCAGCUUUCGCCCGGACACCAGUGCGGAGGACGUGAUGUCGGGGCUCUCCCGCCAGCUGCCUUGGGCUGCCGCCUGCCUGGCCGCGCUGUGUGUGCUGACCGCGGCUGCGAACCCCAGCCCGGAUCCGACCGUGACUGCGAUCCCGCUUUCACCGAACACCAGCACCGCCAAAACGACAGUUCCGACGACGGUGACGACUCUUACGCCGGUGACCACUCCCGCACAAGAUCCUUGUGAAAACCGCAGCAGCUGUGUUUCCUGUGUGAACGUUAGCCUUGAUAAUUCUACCUGCUUUUGGAUAGAAUGUAAAGAGAAAAGCUACUGUUCACGUAAUGCAACAGUUAGUGAUUGCCAGGUGGUGAAUGGCACACAGUUCUGUUCUGCACCCGAGCCCACUCCGAUGCCAACGAAUUCUACAGCCAAAACCACCACCCUGCCUGCCUCCUCAACCACUGCUACCACAACUCCUACGUCAGGUACAACUAAUACCACUUUAACUCCAACUUCACAACCCGGAAGGAAGUCAACCUUCGAUGCAGCCAGUUUCAUUGGAGGAAUUGUCCUCGUCUUGGGUGUGCAGGCUGUAAUCUUCUUUCUCUAUAAAUUCUGCAAAUCGAAAGAACGAAACUACCACACUCUGUAAACAGACCCAUUAAAUUAAAAAGGACUGGUGUGUAACUCACUGAAACCAAAAUAGUCUCUUUCAAGAUGUCCCACAUGGAAGACGCUACUCCAGGAUCUGUACACGUUCAAAGGAUGCAUAUAGGAUACUUGGGAGCAUCAUCCUCGAAGAAAAAUCACUUAAAUCAUUUUGCUCAACAGGAAUAUUUAAAAUAUUCUGCAUGAAUCCUUGUGGCUGUCUUCUUUUAUUUUCAAUGGCUGCUGCUGUGGGAUUAUGUUCUCUCUUCUUGACAUACCAAAUGUAACUCUGUAAGUGGUGGGAAGCAUUGUCCUGCACAGACACCUCAUGACUCUUCUGGCAGUUUAAAUUUAGUCAUUUUAAAGCCUGAAAGCUGCAUCAUUUUCAUCCUAUCUCAGGAUGUAGUUUAGUGACCAGAAUUGAGAAGAAUGUGCCAAAUGAGCAUCGGUCGGGUGGAAUUUUGGCUGUCCUUUCAAAAGUGGAAUAAGUUGGUAAAUCUAGUGUCCUUAGAGUAAAUUGUAUCCUUAGCGUAAAA